AUGUUAAAUAAAGACGUAUACACGGACACGGACGGUUCAACGCUCGUCGUAAAAGUCAUGUUCAUUAAUUUCCCAGCCACUCAAGUACCCGAGCGCGGUCGAUUUCUUAAAGACGAAAAAAUUUACGUUUAUGAGUUCAAAGGUGGCCAGUCUUAUCACUUCUCCAUGCCGUGCGAGGAGCUGGUGAAGAAAAUGAAGAAGGCCUGGUUAAAGGUCGGUGUUUUUAAGGUGGACGACAAUUUUCCAGUGUGCUAUGUACACACUCGUCUAAGUGGAUGUGCUUGCGACAUGGGUACAACAUGCAUCGAGACACCGAACCCAUACAUAUUUACAGGUCCAUUUGAUCUGUUGGAUGUUGGUGAAAGCUUCGCUGGCCAAUUAGAUCUCGACAUCAGGGUUAUAAAUUUAGGAAGAAGCCUCAUAACAUCCUACGUCCUCGCUCCCAACUGCUUUGUCUUCAAGAACAACCUCGAGGGACCGGAAUACAAGUGCUCCACGAAGAACCCAGGCAAAACAGGAGCCAACUCUGGAGAUAAUUUCACGAACUUGGAGAACAGAGUGAUGGAUAAUCUAUUGGAUACUGGUCCAGCAGAGAACCUGAUGACAGAAAUCGUCGGAAUUUCUCCAGGAGCUGAUCGACUUGCACUAGGAAGCCCACCCCCUAAGCUACCCCUCGCACCCUUGAUAGAUCCAACGGUGGUUCCGAAACGCAGAAAGGGCAAGAAGGGGAAGAAAAAGAGGCGAUAG